ACUCGCUCACUCACUCUUUCUCUCAGUCUCUCGCGCGAAGCGGUCUCGCGUUGACGCAUCGUGUAUCGUGCUUCUCCUCUCGGUCUCUACGUUGCGGCUGGUCCAGGUCCCUUCGUCUUCGUUGAGACUUUGCUAUCGUCUCUCUCUCUCUCUCUCUCUUUCCCUUUCUCUCUCUCUCUUUUUCUUUCUCCUUUAACCUAUCCUUAUCUUUUUCCUCUUCUACUUCUUUUUCUUCUACCACUUAUACUUCUUUUUCCAUCUUCUUUCUCUCUCUCUCCUCUCUCUCUCUCUCUCUUUCUCUUUAUUAUAUCUUCUUCUUUUUCAUCAUCAUCGUCAUUAUUAUACCGAAGGAGUUAACUUAACUGAAAAAUUUACGGAGAGAGAGAGACACAAAGCUCGUGUGAAAAUCAUGUUCUGGAUAUAUCGUGGAAGGGGCGAGAGAUAGCGUGUUUGCUAUUUUCGAGACGCUGUGGAGCUUUGCCAAAGCGUGCCUUCUCUCUCUCUCUCUCUCCCCCUCUCCUACCUCUUCUUCUUAUUUCUUUAUCUAUUCCUUCUUUUUAUUUCUCUCCCUUCCUCUCUCUUUCUCUUCCUCUAACUCCCUAUCUCUCUAUCUUUCGUUGUUGAGACAAGUGAAAAGGAGAGUUGAUGUUACCGUUAUCCUGUUAUUGUUAUCAUUAUUGGGAAUUAGAUAAGAAGAGGAAAAAAGGACUGGAACGAUCGAAGAUCUAAAGGUCUUUUAAAAGUCAAAGCUCGAAGUGGAUAAUAUCGAAAAGGAAGUGAUGUUGGAAUCGAAGAAAUAGUACCCCUUCUUCUUCUUCUUAUAACGUUUAAAACUCGAAGCUCGAAGUGGAUAAGAUCGAGAAAGAAGUGAUUUUGGAAUCGAAGGAAUAGUAUUCCUUCUUCUUCUUCUUCUUCUCCUCCUCCUCCUACUAUUUUUCAGUAAAUCACUUUGAACAUCAACGAUCUCUUCUCGAUUUUCCGGAAUGAAGAUGGGAACCAAUUGGAGAGUGUACGAUGUUGGAAGGUGGUCGUGCAGCGAUCUGGCUCCUUGUAUCAGCCCAACGUGCUGCACGCCACCCGAAAGAUUCACGUACUAACCCUGUUGCACCUGUUUGAACAAAACAAAAAGAAAAAGAAAGUAAAAAAGCAAAAGACCCAACAAAACAAAACGAAACGAAACAAAACAAAACAAAACAAAAAACCACCAGUCGCAGAGUCCUGCACCGUAACCCCAUGACGCAUUUAACACAUGGCCCGCCUGGAGAUACCGAGCAUAGUGGUGCAUAAAGGAAGCAGGUCGCAAGGUCGACCUGAGAGUCCAACUGUGGUGGUACGCGGAGGAAUGCCCUCGUUGCCGUCCUCCAGGCAAGGCCUUGUCCUCGGUGGCUCCACUGCAGCUUAUACAAGUGCCUCGGGCUCGGAUAUGAUAGACGGGAAUGCCAACCCCACCGUCGGCAGCAACCCCGCACCGAACUCUCACCACCGUCCCACGCCAUCCUGCCCACCUGAUAAAUUGGAUACCGAGAGCAAGAACUUUCGGAAUAGGACGAGUACGAAAGUGAAACUGCUGGUCAGAAGUCAUGCUAUAGGAGAAUCAACGUCUCCACCGAGAGAACCGCACAAUAGUCCGUCGUCACCGCACAGCGCUCAGUCGGUCGAAACAGAGAAAAAAUUCACGAGUAGCCUCUCGCCAAACUCCAACAAUACAAAGCUGAACAACAACGAGCCGAUGUUCAACAGCAAUCUCUGUACGACCCAGUCACCUAAGCAAAUGCGUAACACGGCUACUUCGCCCACUUGUCGAGUUCCAUCGCGAAAUGGUCAAUCUAGUCCCUCUCAGGUCCAUUCACCAAAGAACAUCAUCUCACCGACGAACGGUAAUAAGUCGGAUAAUAAUCAUCGUUCGAAGUUAUCAUCGGGCUCGAAUAUCAUACAGAAAUGCAAUAAUUGCGUGAAAAACAAUCAGAACGAGAGACCGGGUUUGUUACAAACCCCGAUCUCUCCAUCGAAGACAGGCCAGGCUCUCCAGCAUUCACCGAAGAGUACGAAUUUGGCUCCGAAUGCGCAGAACAAUCAACAAAGAUCGGAUCAACGAAGGCCGAACACUCUUAACAUAUGCAACAACCAAUGUUCGGCCCAAUGCGGUAAUAAUACGCUUUCCGUAAGCAGACCGAGCUCGAGACACAAGCUCAGGCAUCAAAAUUCGUCACAGGGUAGCUUCGACAGCGCAUCGCCGUGUUUAUCUCGAGAUAGUAGUACCGAGUUGUACACAGACAGUACCGGUAUCGACCUUGAACAGUUCAUCGCAGAGACGAUAAAUCGUAAUCAAAAGGAUCGUACUGUCUUGUUAAAGAUCGAAAAAGAAUUAAUCGAGUUUGCUAAGGAUAGACAAAAGCUCUGCCAUAAGUUCCCAAAUAUGUCGUCGUACAACAGAAUGUUGGUUCACAGAGUGGCAGCUUAUUUCGGUAUGGAACAUAACGUAGAUCAAUCGGGACUUAGCGUGAUCGUAACGAGAACAAAAAAUAUGCGAAUACCUGACACACGUUUCAAGGAACAUAUCAGGGACGAUCUUAUAUUAUCCGAGGAACCACGUAGAAGUAUACUUAAGAGAGAUUCGAAUUCGUUCGAAGAUAAUUUCAAUUUCAAAUCGCCUGAUAGAUUGUUGGGUGAUUAUUGUCGACGUAGCAAGAGUUUCGAGGAACGACAGGAACAAUACGAAAGAACAAGGCGAAGGAUAUUCAAAGGAAGUAGCGGAGAAAGCAACGAAGUUACUUCCUGGCCAUAUUGGUCAUCGUCCGAAAGUUCCGAUGCGUCGGCUAGGCACCGCUUGUUAUAUCCUUCGGAUCAUGCGAGCAGACAAACUCGAUUGCUGAAAGGUGAAUCCCUCGAUACGAGAGAAUCUUACCGUGGUGAAGUUGUACGACCUUCGGUUUCUAAAUCGUCCAGUUUUGACGGCUAUACGAGAGGCAUGCUAUCAAGAGGGGACAGCGUAACGUCCACGCAUAGUGCUGGAGCUCGUCUCAUGAAACAAGAUUCGGGUGCUAGCGUGUGUUCCCGUUUAAGCCCAUCCAGUAGUGGAUAUAAAUCUCAAAGUCAACGCAGCGACGCUACGAUCUCACCAUCCCCAUCGCCGUCGCCCGUGGCGGCAAUGACAUGUAGUCACACUCAAGUAUCUAGUCAGGAUCUAGCCUCUCCGGAAUCAAGCAAUCAAACGGUGAUGUGGGCUAUUACCAGUUUAUCCAGUGUACCACCUGGUAGCAUCAUCAUAAAUCCUCAAACGAAUCAACCGUACACGAAUGCCGACGGUUCGAUAUAUCGUUUUGAUCCGGAGAAUCCACCAAAGUUUUUCUCAACCGAAAACGAAAAUAACGGCCAUCAGACAGCCACUAACAAACAUAACGAAAUGUCUGAACCAACCAAAGCUGCCAGACAGAACGAAGCCAAGAGCGAAAGUAAAAAACGUUCGAAAUCUAAUAACAAUGGUGGUAAUGGUACACCAACACCAACGACGACGACAACGACGACGAAUGCUCACGUGACGAAUACAGCAACGUCACCUAGUCUGCCGUUCACACCGCCUCCGCCACCUCCGCCACCUCCACCACCCCCGCCAGUUUUAACGCAACAACAGCAGAACACGCCUGUUCAGCAGCAACAAACUCUAGUCAAGCCGUCCACGACGGUGCAAACGUGUAGUCAUAAUCAAACGGUACAACCGUACGCGAAUUAUGUACCUACCUCAGAACCGUACAACCAAGGUGUCUAUCAAUCACCUGGGAUGGGACAGCAACAGACUGUUAUGAUGUCGACUUCUCAUCCGACUCAGGGUCAAGCUAACGUGCCGAACAAUGGUCAGAACGACGUUGCGUUCAAUCAGAAUCCUGUUUAUGCCAAUUACGGUGGCGUACCUGUACAACAAGGAUCGAUGCCACAAUCUAACGAGGUAUCCGAUUUAUCCGGAUAUUUCGUCGGUAUGAAUAUCUACGAUCAACGUGCUGCAGGCGAUAAUCAUUCGACGCCACCGCAUACCUAUCCUCAACCACCGCCAUCUUCCAAUCAAACUAUGCAAAAUGUGCAGACGAUGCAACCUAAUUAUUGGCAACCUCCGCCAAACCAAAUGCCGCCACAGCAAACGAUGUACUUCGUGCCACCACCAGGAACGACGAUCUCGGUAGGACAAAAUCCGGGUGAUAGACAACAAUUACAUCAGCAGCAAAGAUUUACACCGAAUUACGCUUUCAAUGCACAAACUAUGACGCCGCCGAGUCAAUCGAAUGCAAAUUAUAUGAGCAGCUAUCCGGUACCUUACAACUCGGUUCCUGCUGUCGCUCCAGCACCAGCCGAUUAUACUUAUCAACCACCAGUACAUAUGGUUCCAACGUAUUACCCACCACCAGGACAACAACCUAUGCAGCCACCACCAGUUAUGUAUAGAGUGCCUACACCACCGAAUACUCCGAUAUCGAAUCAGAUGCCAGGAGUACCAUUGAUGUACGUCAACUCUGGCAGUUACGCACCACCAACUAUGGUAUCUGGUGGUACCUUCGGACAUCAGGUUGCGCAUAAUGGUACAUCCCCUGCACCACCCGGUACUUACAUGACUCCUGCGCUGGUUCCAAAUCUCGUGUUUAGGCAAAACGUUCCUGUUGUCACCGGUGUUCGAGCUUCGACACCAGGUAGCUCUCAAAGAGCAAGCAGGUCACCUACUCCGGCGCACGAACUGUUCGGUGGUGGAAGUGGGGACAGAAACGCACAACCUCAACCACGCUACCCACUGCCAAUGUAUCAGGGUGUCCAUAUCGUGCAAGGAGAUAUGAGACUGAUGCAUCCAGGAGUAUCUGCUAAUCCUCGGUUACCAUACGCACCGGUACCAUCACCACCUGUUGUUCAAGGUUGCCCACGGCCGUAUCGACCAUCCUCUUAUUCUUCGAACACCUCGGGCGGUGGUACGCCUACUUCGUUCGAUGGGAGAAAUCAGAAGAUUCGCAAACAGAGGUCCAAGGUAGCAUCUUUACCACCGAUCAAUGCACGGCCCAAUAUUUAUCAGACUCCUUCCAUGCCAUCGCUCUCGUCCAAUGUACCAAAAGAUAUUAGAGAAGGAACCGUAAAGGUGACAAUCACCCGUCGGAACCAGUUGGUACAAUAUUAGGUAACGAGGCUGACAGAAGAAUUCUACAUUGAUAAUACGAGAGAAGAGAGUGUGUGUGUAUGUGUGUAUGUGUGUGUGUGUGGGUUGGGGGGAGUGAAAAUCGAGAAAAUAAAAUUAAAAAAAACACACACAAAAAACAAAACAAAAUAUACGAAGGAUAGCGAGAUAAGCGAGAGAGAGAGAGAGUGAGAGAGAGAGAGAGAGAGAGAGAGAGAGAGAGAGAGAGAGAAUGAAAGAGAAAAAGAAAGAAAAUCGAAGAGUAAUCUACUAUAUCAGAGUACAUAAACGAUUCGCGCGUAAUGCUACUAUGUUAAUUAUACUCUUACUUAUUUAAAAAAGGCUAAGACGUAACUAUUAGCGUAACUAAAAUCUAAGUUACGAAUUAAAAUGGAAACUAAGAUAAGAAUAGAAAGGACAGAACGAAAAAGGAAGAGAAAAAAUGAUAAACGAAGGAAAAAGAGAAAAAUCUAUCAGUUUGGCGACAGCUGCUGUUACUGAUGAUGAUAAUGAUGAUGAUGAUGAUGAUGAUGAUGAUGAUGAUGGUGAUGAUGAUGGUGAUGAUGAUGAUGGUGAUGAUGGUGAUGAUAAUGAUGAUAAUGAUGAUAAUGAUGAUGAUGGUGAUAAUGAUGAUGAUGAUGAGGACGAUGAUGAUAAUGCUGAUUAUGAUAAUGAUAAUGAUAUAGUGAAACAGAGUUACUGAACAGGAAAAUUUAAACUAUUGCGAUUAUUACAGAGUAUGUGUGUAUAUAUAUAUAUAUACAUAUAUAUAUAUAUAUAUAUAACAUAUAAUAUAUAUUAUAACUGGAGAUAUUUUAAUCGCGGUUUUACAGAUAUACUAUAUGAAUGUGAGGUUAAUUUCUAAGUAAUUUAGCAUUAAGGUGACACCAUUUUACGAACACCAUGCAUGCACUCACCGACAUAUUCUACGUACAUACCUGAAAAAAGAAAAAAAAACAUCCACACACACACUCACACAUACAUACAUAUAUGUAUACAUAGAUUACGUAUACAUAGAUUACGUAACAUCUAUACAGUUACAUACAUCAGACGCAGGAUUAUCACACAUAUAGAAGAAAAAAAAGAAGUAAAUAAAUAAAACAAAGAAAUAAUACCUAUGGGAGAUGUUCGUUGCAGCUGCAGCUGGCGAUAUCUAUUACUACGAGAUGAUAAGGAAUAAAAAAAAAGAAGAGAGAGAGAGAAAAAAAAGAAAUAGAGAGAGAGAGAGAGAGAGAGAGAGAGAGAGAGAGAGAGAGACGGAAAGAAAGAAAUAAUAUACGAUUUUAAACAAAAGAAAAAAAGAAUAAGAAAAAAGUAAAUAUUACUGAGUACGUUUACAAUUAGUACGUGUCAUAUUCGAAUUAGCACAACAUGAUCGGCCAUAUAUGCGUAUGUAUAUUUUUGUUGCCCAUAAUUUUGAUACGCACUUGAUCGUUAUAAAAAAAAAAAGAGAAGGAAAAUAGAAACGCUACCUCAGUCUUCUCGUUCAAGUGAAAAACGAUAAGGAAGAAAAUUUUUCUGAAUUCGUAACGAAAAAAAAAAAAAAAUGAAAAAAAAAAGAAAGAAAGAAAUGAAUGCUAUUUAUUAUACACUGCUUCUACGCAAAUUUCUCCCGCGGUUCAUUCUAUUACGUUGAAGCUUUUAGCUUUAAUGAAAGGACUAUUCCGUCGUGUAAAAUGGCGUGCGUUUAUAAGAAAAGAAAAAAAAAAGGAAGAAAAAAAUCGAAAAAAGAAAAAAUAUGAAGAAGUAAAAUAAGGAAGUAAGAAGAAGAGUAGGAAGAGGAGAAGGAAGAGGAAAAAAAAGAAAUUAAAAAUUAUGGCAGGACCAUAUAUAUAUAUAUACAACGCGCACACACAUAUAUAUACACACACACACAAAAUAAAAAAAAAGAAAGAAGGAAAGAAAGAAAGAAAGAAAGAAAGCAAGUAAGGAGAAAGAAGGAAAGAAAUGCAAAGAAACAAAUUGACACUGCUGACUUUCGUUAUUCUAAAAAAAAAAAAAUUGAAUCAAUUAUUAACUAACACUCCCUCCCCCACUCUCGAUCCCUAAACUCUUUUGGGAUUUGUAUCGUUAUCGAUUUCAUUUAUUAAAUCGAAAAGUUCACAUUAUUUUUUUAUCGGACUGUUUAAGAGACAAUUUCUCUUUUUCUAUUAUUAUACGAUUAAGUAAAUAUGUAAACGUAUUCAGUAUAAUAACGAUCUCUCUCUAUAUAUAUGUGUGUGUGUGUGUGUGCGUGUAUGUGAUGUCUUACAAAUUAGUUUAAACGAUGAGAUAGUCGAACAACGUUAAAACCAUCGUGGCGUUGUUCUGCGAAAUUAAAAAUCGAGGAAACGGAAGAAGAAGAAGAAGAAAAAGAAGAAGAAGAGGAAGAAGAAAAAUAAGAGAGAAAAAAUACACAAGGAAUAUCAUCCUUGCUUAAUUUUUUUUUUCUUUUUCUUUCUUUUUUUAUUCUUUAUUUAUUUAUGUAUUUCUUUUGUAAAUGAUUUAUACGUACGUAUACACACAUACACACAGACAUACAUAUAUAUAUAUAUAUAUACACAUAUACGUGCAGGCCAUCUUUUUUAUUACUUUUUUCUUUUGUCGAUUCCGUUGGAGAAUCGACAAGAACGAGAUAGUUUUUUACGACACAAGAAGCACGAGUUCACGGGAUCCUAAUUAUAACUUGUCUUCCAGGAAUUUAAAACGCACGGCGCACACCACGCGGAAUAUCCGCACUGUAAUCAAUUAUUUUCACUUCUCGAGACACGCCUACAUAAAUGCAUACAUAUGUGUAUACGUUUAUCAAUCUCGAAGAUCUCAAAAAAAAAAAACUCUCUCUCUCUCUCUUUUUCUCUUUCUCUGUCUGUCUCUCUCUCUGUCUCUCUCUCUCUCUCUCUCUCUCUCUCUCUCUCUGUCUCUCUCUUUCUCUUUCUGAUUACGAUCAGAUAUUUUCUUAAUAACAUCUAUAUCGAUUUUUCAUUCCUACGUGUGAUAACGAGUUUGAUAAGUUAGGAUAAUAUUUUUCCUCUCCCCAAAUCUUUUCGAAACACGUAUCGAUUUUCUUUUAAAUCUGUACGAAGAAAAAAAAAUCCGUUUCAUAAUGCAAAUGUCGAUAUCUUGUAUGCGUGUGUGCGUGUGCAUGUGCAUAUGCGCGCGUGCGUGUGUAUGAGAGGGAGAGAGUGUGUUCUUUUUUUGAAAAAAAAAAUAUAAAUAAAUAAAUAAAUCAAUAAAUAAAAAAUAAUUAAAAAAAAAAAAUGAAAAAUCUCUAUAUGUGGUAACGAUUGCGAUGAAUGACGACACGCGAUGGUGGUAAUUUAAUGUUUCCGUCUGUGAAUUCUCUUCGGAUCAAUGAAGACGCAACUAAUAACUCGAAAUUUCAAUGGAGAAGAAGGAAAAACAAAAAGAAAGAGAAAGAGAGAAAUAUAUAUAUAUGUAUGUAUGUAUGUAUGUAUGUAUGUAUGUACAUGUAGAAAGAGAGAAAUACGAGAAAUAUGAAAAAUCAUCCUUAUUUUUUGUUUUUUAUUCGCUCUCUAUCUCUAUUUCUCUUUCUCUCUCUUCUAUCUCUCUCUUUUUGUAGAUCUUUUCUGAAGGAUCAUAAUCGAUGAUUUUAAAAAGCGUCUACAUUGUUCCGUAAGAGAAAAUAAAACAAAUAAAAACUAAAGUGGAAUCCAUCCAGAAGCUUCGCUUACGAUGAUUGUACUUUCAAGACGUAGGUGAAGAUUACGACUGUCUUUUUGCGAGAAUCGAAUGUACAUAUAUAAUAAAUAACGAAAAAAGGAACGAAAAAGGAAAUAAAAAAAAAAAGUAAGAAAAAUUAAUAAAAACAGAAAAAAAUAAAAUAAAGUAAAAUCGAGGGAAGACGAACGAAAAAAAUCGAAUCAAUUUUCUACAAACGAUUCCCUCGACAAGAUCGAGUCCUCUUCUUAUAAUAUCGAUCAUUAUCACGUUUUUCUUCCACCAUUUUCUUUUGUUUUAUUUAUCUCUCGCACAAUCAAUAAUAUUCGAUCUUUCCGAUCGAACAUAAACGAACGAGAAAUAAUGAACAAAGGAAAAAGAAAUGGAAAAAUUUAAAAAAAAAAAAAAAAAAAAAAAAAAAAAAUAGAUAAAUUAAUAAAUAAAGAAAAAAGUAUUAAAAGCGUUCGCCUUCUUGUCGAUCGUUAGAGAUACACGCAUAACCUGUUUCUAGAAUUUAAAAAAAAAAAUUAAAUAAUUAAAUAAAUAAAUCAAGAAUCAAGAGAGACCUGAGUGAUAUACAAAAAAUUAAGACAAUUUGUAAUAAGAUCGAAAUUCGAUUACUAUUCGAAAAGAGACAGUCGUAAGAACGUGUAGUGUAUUUUAAACGUACCUAAGCGUCGUCGUAGCGAUUAAACAAAAAGAGUUAAGAAUAAUUAACGAAAAAAGAAUAAAUAAAAUAAAAUUAAAUUAAAUUAAAAAAGAAAGAAAAAAAGAAAAAACUAAAGAAGCAUACGUACACACAUAUACACGUAAACACUCAUAUACAGACGACAUUCAGAAAUAAUUGUACCUAAUAAACGAAACGAAAAAAAAGAUGCUGGAAAAUGGAAGAUACGUUCACGAAACACAUUAUGAUGAUAAUAUAAAUAGGAUGAAGGAAGAGAGAAAGAGAUAGAGUUAGAAAGGUGAUAAAGAAAGAAAAGAAAGAAAUAUUAUCCGAUUAUCAGUGGAAAUAAUAUCGUCGUAUUGUACUCGCGACGUUCGAUCGUAUAUUUUUUUUAGGUAAUCGAUCGAUAUGCGCGCGUGUGUGCGUGUAUGUUUGUGUGUGUGUGAUUUUUAGUGUUUCUAUGAACAAUAAACAUACAUCACACGAGAGAAGAAAAAGAAGAAGAAGAAGAACAAGAACAAGAACAAGACGAUACAAAAAAAAAAAGAAAGAAAAUGUAAGAAGAUGAUUCCGACACGCGUUUGGAACGCUGCAUCGACGAGAAAAUUUCGAACCAAAAAAAAAAAGAAAAGAUAUAAGACAAAAGAAAAAAAAUAGAGGGAAAAAUAAAUGAUCGACGAUCGAAGAAGAAGAUGGACGUUCUGAACGCUUGUCAUUUACAUAUAUACAUAUUCAUAUAUGUAUGUAUGUAUCUAUCUAUGUAAAUCUAAUUACAUGUAUAUACGUAUUUGUUAA